UCCCUUCCAGUCUCGAGUCUGGGGGCUCAGGGAUGUAAAGGAGAACACGGAUGUGUGUGUGUGUGUGUGUGUGUGUGUGUGUGUGUGUGUGUGUGUGUGUUGGACAAUUCAGCAGAGGUCGGGACGUACCACGGAGCCCAGUAGCGGCGGGGAGGGGGGGGGCCCGAGGACGUGGUCACCGAAGGGAACCCCCGCCCCCUUCACGGAGGCCGAGGCUGAGGUUGCAGAGAGAACUGGAACUGGGCUCGCCCUAGGGGAAGGCAGGGCGGCCAAUCCGUCCCCUUCCCACACCCUACUCCGAGGGGGUGGGGGAUAGAGAAGAGGUUGGGGUUGGAGCAGCAGUGAGGGGGCCCCUCCCUGGCACCUCCCCCCACCAGACUUGGUCGCGCCCGAAGUGUAACACUUUCUCUUUGUCGGAGGAGCUCCUCUGUUUCCUGUGCAGCAGCUCCCGUUGCGGCGGCACCCGUAGCAGCCCUGGCGGACGAAGGAGCGAUGGCAGCGGCCGACAUAGCUCGCCAGGUGGGCGAAGGUUGCCGAACUGUCCCCCUGGCUGGACAUGUGGGGUUUGACAGCUUGCCUGACCAGCUGGUGAAUAAGUCAGUCAGCCAGGGCUUCUGCUUCAACAUCCUGUGCGUGGGGGAGACAGGUUUGGGCAAGUCCACCCUCAUGGAUACCCUGUUCAACACCAAGUUCGAGGGGGAGCCAGCCACCCACACACAGCCGGGUGUUCAGCUCCGAUCCAAUACCUAUGACCUCCAGGAGAGCAAUGUGGGGCUGAAACUCACGAUUGUGAGCACUGUGGGCUUUGGGGACCAGAUCAACAAGGAGGACAGCUAUAAGCCCAUCGUGGAAUUCAUAGAUGCUCAGUUUGAGGCCUACCUGCAGGAGGAGCUGAAGAUCCGGAGAGUACUGCACACCUACCAUGACUCCCGAAUCCAUGUCUGCUUGUACUUCAUUGCCCCCACAGGACAUUCGCUCAAGUCUCUGGACCUAGUAACCAUGAAAAAGCUGGAUAGUAAGGUGAAUAUCAUCCCCAUCAUUGCCAAAUCAGAUGCCAUUUCUAAGAGUGAGCUGACCAAGUUCAAGAUCAAAAUCACCAGCGAACUUGUGAGCAAUGGAGUCCAGAUCUAUCAGUUCCCCACGGAUGAUGAGUCAGUGGCCGAGAUCAAUGGAACCAUGAAUGCCCACCUGCCGUUUGCCGUAGUUGGCAGCACAGAAGAAGUGAAGAUCGGCAACAAGAUGAUGAGGGCGCGGCAGUAUCCUUGGGGGACUGUGCAGGUUGAAAAUGAGGCCCACUGCGACUUUGUGAAGCUGCGGGAGAUGCUGAUUCGGGUCAACAUGGAGGAUCUGCGGGAGCAGACCCACACCCGGCACUAUGAACUGUACCGCCGCUGUAAGCUGGAGGAGAUGGGCUUCAAGGACACCGACCCCGACAGCAAACCGUUCAGUUUACAGGAGACAUAUGAGGCGAAAAGAAAUGAGUUCCUGGGGGAGCUCCAGAAGAAAGAAGAGGAGAUGAGACAGAUGUUUGUCCAGAGAGUCAAAGAGAAAGAAGCCGAGCUCAAGGAGGCGGAAAAAGAGCUGCAUGAGAAGUUUGACCGUCUGAAGAAACUGCACCAGGAAGAAAAGAAGAAGCUGGAGGAUAAGAAGAAAUCCCUGGAUGAUGAAGUGAAUGCUUUCAAACAGAGAAAGACAGCGGCUGAGCUGCUCCAGUCUCAGGGUUCUCAGGCUGGGGGCUCGCAGACUCUGAAAAGGGACAAAGAGAAGAAGAAUUAACUCUGCUGUUUGCUGCAUGCUGCAUGAGACCCAGGGUCCUGUAAUCCAUGGCUGUGUACUGAAUAGUAUGCCCUGCUACAGCUGGACUGGACUCCACUUAGCCUUUUAAGCGAAGGUUCUUAUCUUAACUGACAACUUUUUUUAAUGGUGCCAGACAGCAGGGCCCUCCACCCCUGCUCUGGUACUUCAACCCCGCCUCCUCUCUCUCUCUCUCUCUUUGAGUUUUGCGACUUGCUUCUGCCUCCCAGUCUGACUGGCAUGGACCAUGGCCUUCUUCUUUUUUCAUAUUUUAAAGGUGGUUGUAAGAUCACUACCUCUAAAACACACAAGACGAUAAUAAAUUUCCAGGCUUUCUGAACCAUUGCAAAAGGGCAGGGGCCAUUCUCUCGAUCAUAGUUAAUACCCCGAAGCCAAGACUAAGCCCAAAGCGGAACUAGUUCAAAGCAAGUCCGUGUGCACACUCUCUUUUCUUGUUGGCAAAGAGAGAAGGCAAUGUUGAUACGUUACUGGUCACUGGCCAGAGGCAAGUACAGGGCAACAAUGGGAAAGCAUGAGCUAGUUUCUUGGGAAAAACCAACUGGAAGUGGAGAAUUUCAGGAAACCAUAUGCCUAGAGGUAAAACAGAAGAAGCCGCCACCACCAAGAACAGAAAGCUCCAAAGCAGAAUCCCUAAAUACCCUCGGAUACACAGUCAGUAGUCGGGGGAGCCAGGCUACUGAGUUAAGGCUGUCUGGGUCUCCUUGAAAAGGACCCCUUAUUUGUAGCUAUGGGGUUCUGUGGGGGUUUUGUUUGUUUUUAAGACAAGUUCUUACUAUGUAGCCCUGGUUGGCCCUGAAAUCACAAUGUAGAACAGGCUGGCCCUCAAUUUCACAGAGAUCUGCCUGCCUGUAUUUCCUGAGUGCUAAGAUUAAAGGCAAAGGCCAGCCAUGUGUAGACCCAGCUGUCUUAGAGGUUUUAAUCCACCUUCCCAGAAAUGAGGCCUCUCGUUUGCAUAUAUAUAU